AUGUCCGUGGCUGCACCCACCCCUGGUCACAGUCGGCCAGCCCCGCGUCUCCAGGCCCGCCCGGCACAGCCCACAGCUUCCUCCUCACGGCCCGUAGCAGCCAGACCUACCGUCCCUCGCCCCGCCGCACCCAAACCCGCCACCUCUUCCUCAUCCACCACUACCAAGGCCUCCAAGGCCUCCACAUCAUCCGCCACCCCCUCAGCAUCCAAUGCGGCGUUCCUCGUUCCUGGCAAAGAUACGAGCUCAUCCGCUGGGAAGGUAUUUGCGAAGCCGAGCAAGGAGUGGGUGUUGCCGGAGAGAGCGAAGCCGGGGCGGAAGGUUGCUGUCGAGGAGCCAGAUAGUUCUCGCCAAUCUCAGAACCGGCAAUCCCAACGAGCCCAUCGCGCUCGCCGUACCGACUACAUCACCACUUUGGAGGAGCGUAUCCGUCAAUUCGAAAACGAUGAGAUUCACUCCAACGUUCGGCUGCAGGAGGUCGCUCGGGCACUGAAGGCGGACAAUGAACGUCUCAAGGCGGAGCUGCUGGCGCGGUCGUCGAUCGAGCGCGAUCUCAAGCCGAAGGCAUGGGAAGAGGAGCGAGGGAUGCUUUUUGCAGAAAUCAGGGGGUUGCGGGAGGAAGUACGGCGCCUGCAGAGCCAAGCUCGGAUGGUCAAUGGAGGUGGCGGUCCGAUGGGGAUGAGGGAUCGAGCGGGCUCUAUGAGCGUCACACCCCACCCACCCUCUCCUCGACUCAUGGCGCAACCACCGCCCCUCGCUCCGAUCAUCAAUGGAAUCCGGCACAUUGCCGACUGCCCCAUCUGCCCCGAUCCCGAUCCGGACUGUCCCUGCCAAAAGACCGCCGCUUCAACAUCCACCUACCUCGUCCCUACCCGCCGGUCGCACCAGCCGGACCCUACCAUAUCUCUCGGAUCGACGAUCGACCUCCGAUCGUCUCCGCCACCCAUCACCACAUCGUGCGGUUUCUGCCAAUCUACAGAGGAAUGCCUCUGCCGCAUGAUUGACGAGGAGGAGGAUGUCAAGCCUAUCAUCAUCUCCCCGCCAACGGAGAUGAUGGGGCUGGACGAUGGGUGUGGGUUGUGCGCAGAUGGCGGGUUCUGCGCUUGUGCGGUCGCCAGAAACAGCCCGAGCGUGUCACAGCGGAGUCUGCAGAUCCCGUUCCCGCAGCAGGCGUCGGCGGUGGCGGUACCGCUGAGGAAAGGGCGGAGCAGCGGGGAUGUACCGACGCGCAAGUCCAUAUGGGCGCUGGACAGCGGAGUGGUCACAUCCACUUCAACGCUGGGGAUGGCGCCGUCAAGGAAGGAGGCGGUGUGUAGUGGAGAUCCAAGGAAUUGUGAUGCCUGCAGGGACGACACCUUUGGCCAAGAGUUCUGCUCUAACUUCUUCCAAUCCCGCGACCCCACGCACUCCUGUACGAACUGCAAAGGCACUUGCUCCUCCUCUACCGCUCCAUCAUCCCUGCUUCCUCCCCCGAGUCACACGCACACCCACACCCACAAUGCCUCCCCCGCCCAACCCGCAGACCUCCACCCGUUCGACGACACCUCUUCGUCCGGCCCACUCCUCAUGGCGUGCUGCGGCAACCCCGGUCUGUGCGGGCACCAAUCUGGCGGCUGCACAGGCGACGUGAUCGGUAUCGGCGGCCUCAUCCCCGGUCUUCCCGAAGACGAGAUCGCACACGAAACGAUCCGUGUAGAUCAGGCAUGGAAGACACUCAAGGCGCACCCAAACGCCAAGUUUGCGUCUCUCGCUUUCCUGGCGGAUGUAGUGGCGCAGCGGGCGGGACCGCAUAUGUCUGGCACGACAGCGGCCGAGGCUCCCAUGUCCCCUAUUUCGGCGCCGGGGGGUAUGUCGCCCGCACCGAAAUCGGGGCUGGUACAUUCAGGCUCAGUUGUGCGGGACGAGGCGCGCCCAGAGAUGGGGGCGGAAGGGCGAAGGGACGGGAAGAGAAAGGUAGUCGUCGAGAGUAGCGCGGUGAGGGAUGCGUUGAGGUUGUUGGAUGGCACGCCGGCGCCGAGUGAGGAUGGGAACGAAGGGCGAGGUGGCAAGCGGGCUAGAUUGGCCUGA